AUGGCCGGCGAAGUCCUUGGCGUUGUGGGCAAGCUCAUGCAGGGCUUUUUCCUUGUCAUGUGCUUUGCCUCUGUUGGCGUGGGCGUGUACUACACCUACGUGGUGUCGGAAGAAGUGGCUCGCCGUGCCUCCCAGUACCUCCUCGCUCCGCUCUCCACUCGCUUCCUCUCGGCCCACAAGCAGGAGGCCAAGCACAUCUCAAAGUUCUGCGACUCGGCCUUUCAGCUCGUCUACUUUGCCAUUACGGCGCCUCUGCUGUGGAACAUGCUCAUCAACAUGCCGGAGAGUGACAACUAUCUCCCUCCUGCUCUGGGCGGAUCGGGUGUGACGGCUAAUGCUUGGACUCAUCUCCCUCUCCACUAUGCCAUCUCGCCGGCUUUCAAGACCUUCUACCUCGUCUCGCUCGGCUUCCACAUCCAGUCCAUCGUCUAUCAUGUCCUCUUCCAGGACUCUCGCUCAGACUUUGUUGAGAUGCUCGCCCAUCAUCUGGUCACCAUCUUCCUUAUUGCUGGCUCCUUUGUCGGCAACCUCACUCGCAUCGGUCUCCUCGUCAUCCUCGUCCACGACUUUCCCGACAUCUUUGUCUUUGCCGCUAAGCUCGGUGCCAACACCCCCAGCACCACCUUCACCCUCUCUGCCUACGUCGCCAUGCUCGCCUCCUGGGGCUACAUGCGGCUCUACGUCUACCCGUUUGUCGUCAUCGUCUCUUCUGUCACAGAGUCUGUCGACGUCUCCACCGUCGAGCGCGUCGUCCUCAACGGCCUCCUCAUGUUCCUGCAGAUCCUGCACGUCUACUGGUACGCCCUCUUCCUCGAAAUGGGUUACCACUUCCUCUCCACUGGUGAGACCGUCGACAAGCAGUCGCUCGAGGCCGAUGACGACAACGACGCCAGCAAGGCCAAGGCCGAGUAA